AUGGGAACGCCAUUCUCACUUCAUCCGGCCCGGCGGAGAUUCCGAGAAGACCAGAUAAAGAUACUCCUGACAGAACCAGUGACAGAGCCGAAUCAGGCCUUGUUCAUUACAGCAAGACUCCAAGAUCUGAAGGAACGCCUGCUUCACAUCGACUCUACGUUGAAGUUGGGUAGAAAGGACCUGGCACUGUUAUGGUUAGGUCUCAAACCAUAUGCCACCACGAUUUACGACCAGUAUGCUUUCGGGCAACCCGAGUUGACCGUAGACCAAAGAAAGUACCUGGAAGUCGAAGAACUCAAUACCGCGAAAGAGCAAUUCCAAGAACUUCAGGCACGCUCCGCCGACAUUGAGAUAUAUGGCUGUCCGGUCGAAGGAAUCGGUACAAACCAUGAGAUCAGGACCUCCGAGCACAUCAUAUGGCGACGCCGAGUUGUGCAAGUAUGGGAGGACUCCAGCCAGGAUCCGCGGUUCCGAGCAUGUCGUUACAGCGAUUUGCUUUACUCAGCAGAUACACCACCCUGCAAGUGGGGUCUGGGGAAGAUACUCUCAGAGUACAAAUCCAGACAUGGCAAGCAGGCGAUGGAGAAUGACCCAUUGAACAUGAUCUGUUCUGAGUACAUUAAUGAACAUCAAGCAGAGCCAAGGUUUUGUCCAGCAGUGGUUCGCGAGCCUCCUGGACCCAACUCCGCGAUCCAUAACUACGACUUAGCACAGCUAUAG